AUGGAAUCUUCAGUCCGUAGACUCUCACUCAUUAGUAACCAUCUUGGCCAACACACACCAAAAUACACAUGGUUUAAACCUGAUGGUUGGGUAACCUCUAUUUAGGGCUUUACAGACACAAAAUUCCGCUUAAACUCCAAAAAUCAGGUUGAGCUCCAAGGAAAUCGCUACAUUUAUUCAGGUAAAGUCCUGCCCUCCUUUGUGCAGUUUAUGUGUGAUAUGGGCUUAGAUUUAGCCAAUAAAUCAACGCUUCAGAACUCAAUCCCAGUUGACCCUCCAGUGCGAAACCAAGCCUUUUUUGACCGUGUGAAGCCUUUUUCUCUCCACGUUACUGAAGAUGACCAAGACCGUGCUUUUCAUUCACAUGGCCACACAUUGCAAGAAAUGUUUAUAGUCAAGUUUGGGAAAUUUGAAAGGACAGUAGAUAUCGUUGUGUACCCAGGGACUGAAGAACACGUCGAAGGAAUUGUGAAAUUGGCGACUGAACUGAAUGUGGUGCUAAUUCCUUAUGGAGGUGGGACCAAUGUAACUCAUGCGUUGCAGCUGGACCCUAAUGAAAAAAGGACUAUUUGUUCGGUGGAUUUAAGCAAAAUGAACCAUGUCAGAGAGGUUAAUAUGACAAGUAUGACGGCAGUGGUAGAAGCUGGAAUUGCAGGAAAAGAUUUUGUUGCUAAUUUUUUUUAUGCUAAAUUUAUUAUAAAUGUUUUUUAGGUUAAGGAAUUGACAAAAAAAAAAAUUUAUUUCUUGUAAAUAUAUUCAAUCAAUAAUGAGCAAAAGUUUAUUUUAAUAAUAGGAGUUAGAAAAAGAAUUAGCUAGAUAUGGAGUUUGUUGUGGACACGAGCCUGAUUCUGCAGAGUUCUCUACUUUAGGUGGCUGGAUUAGCACAAAUGCCUCAGGAAUGAAGAAAAACGUAUACGGAAAUAUUGAUGAUAUUGUCCUCACAAUAAGAAUUGUCACUCCUCUAGGGACUUGGGAAAAGCCUUGCAAUGCACCAAGAAUGUCUACAGGGCCAAACGUGAACCAAUUUUUAUUAUAACAUUUUAUAUAUAUUAAAAUUCAAAGAAAAUUUACAUAAAAUACCUAGAAAUAAUUCUCUCUUUAUAAUUAAUAUAAUUCCACUUAUCCCUUAUAUUAUAGGUAGCGAAGGCUUAUUUGGGGUAUUUUCUAUAUAGAUAAUCACUCGUGCUACCAUCAAAAUCAAGCAUCUCCCACUAUGCAAAGUCUACGACUCCUACGUCUUCCCUAACUUCGAAUUAGGCACAAAGUUCAUGAAAGCUGUCGGGACCAGCAACAUCCGCCCAGCCAGCGUCCGCUUAGUUGACAACUUACAAUUCCAAUUCGCCCUGGCCUUAAAACCUGCUGAAAAUUCUCAAUUUAAGCAUUUUAUGGACAAAGUAAAAAAAUAUUAUUUACUCACAAUUAAAAAAUUCGACCCAAAACAGCUAUGUGCCUGCACACUUGUCUUUGAAGGGAACAGAGACGUCGUGAAUUUACAACAAAAACAAAUAAGUAGGCUUGCAAGAAGCUGCAAAGGGCUACGUGGCGGCCCUGAAAACGGAAUCCGUGGGUACUUUUUGACAUAUAUGAUAGCUUAUUUAAGAGAUUUCGGCAUGGAAUAUGAUUUAGUCGCAGAAUCCUUUGAGACUGCCAUUUCUUGGGACAAGCUAGAUUCCCUGCUUAAAAACUUGCCUGUAAAAUUUAUGUAGAAAUGCAUAGAAGCCUCAUGUGCGGCACGAGGAGUCAAAAAGAGACCAUUUAUUUCGUCAAGAAUUACACAAGUUUAUGAUACAGGCUGCUGCAUUUAUGUAUAUUUCGGAUUUUUCCACACAGGAGUUCCUAAUCCAGUGCAAGCGUAUUGUGAAAUUGAAGACGAGGCCAGAGAAGAAAUUUUGAGAUGCGGAGGAUCUCUAAGCCAUCAUCAUGGAGUGGGGAAAUUGAGGAAAAAAUUCAUGAAUCAAGCAGUGGGAGAGCCAGGGUUGUCAAUGUAAAAGGGAUACAUUAAAAUGGUGGUGAAUCAGCCCACCCUCUUAGCUCCUGUAUAUGGCAUCCGAAAAGUUCUCUUGAGGAAGGGAGGCUAGCGUUCGAAAUGUGUAUCCGGCUAGGUUUUUCCUAGUGCAAUGUAAGAGUUGACUGACUGCAGGCUUUACUCCAAUGCCAAGUUUUUUUACCUCUGAGGGAGGUGGGUGUCAAUGGCGUUCGUCUUGACCAAUCGGGACUAUUCCCCAGCGUGAAACCAGGAGUUACGCUCUGGGCUACGGAUUUCCAUCUUAGCCGAGAGUCGCCCACAAAAAUUCAACCUUUUUGAAUUUUAAUGGUGGGCAAUGCUGUUGGUGCACGAUAUAGCGACGCAAAUUUUUAUAACUACCAGGGAGUUGUGCAGGCUCAUGUCUGCUAUGAGCAAGACUUUGAAGGUAGUGAGAAGAUUGUCUGCGAAGCAGACAAGUGGAACGUUAUGAAAGGGAAUAAGGAUUUUCCCCGAGAGGGAGCUUUCUAUAAUCUAACUAAGUGUAAGCCAAUGAUAAAAGGACUGAAAAAAGAAAUUGACCCAAAAAAUAUUUUCGCUAACGGCAAUUUAAUUUAG